CGAAGCCCGCUGUCGAGGCUGCGAGCUUCGGCCCCGAAGUAGCAGACGGCUGUUUUUCCUCUCGUCCGCGGGCUUCCUCCAUUUUUGUCGACGUGCGCCAUUUGUCCAGCGUAUCGUCUGCUUCAGACUUCUCGCGAGCUUCGCUCGUGCAACUUGCGUGUGUGUGUGCCUCCGGUCACGCGAUCGCUUGUUUCAGGAACUGACGUUUUCAGGUGUUCGUCUUACGGACCAGCCCCUGGCUACGAUAGUUUUUUUUUGAGUAACUUGCGAGACAGCGAACUGUAGAGAUGCCGGUGAAUCAGGGUCAGGUUGUCUGCCGCGAGUGAGCCAGAGAGUGACAAUGGAAUCGUCAGGUGGGGGCCACCUCAAAUUUGAGGUGACACAGGUGACGACGCCCGACUCUUUGGGAGGACAGACAUCGGCGACAUUGUCCCCGUCGAUCGGAGACCAAGACGCGGAUCCCACCACAGUCAGGCUUAUACCAGGUGAUUCAGCGCAGUCUGAUGAGAGACCCAUUAUUGAAGAUGGCGGCAUGUCGAGCUACGAGCGCAAUCUCUAUCUCUAUCACGAGGAGAUGCCCGACCGUCCAAGAGUGGCUACCCUUUUGAGCAGCCUGGCCAACUAUGAGGUGGCCAUACCGUCAGUCGCUGGGGAGGAGGCUCAGGCUGCACCGAAGAAAGCUAAUCUUGGGACGCUGGCGGGUGUUUACUUCCCGUGCAUCCAGAAUAUCUUUGGCGUCAUCUUCUUCAUCCGUCUGGUGUGGAUCGUCGGUACGGCGGGCGUACCCGUCGCGUUCCUUACAGUCUUCAUGUGCUGCUGUGUGACUUUUACUACAUGUAUUUCUCUGAGUGCGAUCGCUACAAAUGGGAUAGUCCCGGCGGGCGGCUCUUACUUCAUGAUAUCCCGUUCCCUGGGACCUGAAUUCGGCGGCGCUGUAGGAAUCCUCUUCUAUCUAGCGACUACGGUAGCUGCCGCCAUGUACAUCACCGGAGCCGUUGAAAUUUUCCUUAACUAUCUGGUUCCCGACAUGUCACUAUAUGGUGAUUUCCGUGAGGAUCAAGAGGUGAUGUACCACAAUUUCCGCACGUACGGUUCCAUCCUGUUGGUGAUCAUGACAUUCGUCGUGUUCAUCGGCGUUGCCUUCGUCUCCAAGCUGGCUCCUAUCGCCCUCUUUUGCGUUCUCGUCUCCCUCUUCUCAGUGUAUGUGGGAGCCUUCGUCAACUAUGCUGGAAAAUCGGAUCUACAAAUCUGCGUUUUGGGCGACCGCAUCCUAUCAGGAGGUGACUAUGUGUGCAGCAAGGAUCGCAAUAUAUCCAAAUCCCUCUUCCAUGUAUUUUGCAAGCGCAGUCUAAACAUCUCCUCCGAGGACGAUUACACCUGCUACAAGUACUUCGAGGAACACGACGUUCACUUGAAGCCUGCGAUGCCUGGACUUGCCAGUGACGUCUUCUUUGACAACAUACCUAUCAAGUUCAAAGAAAAGGGCGAGAUAAUUUCACUCUCAGACGAGUCCUACUUCCCACACAAGGAGGAUAUGUAUAAUCAGAUUGUCUGUGAUAUUACCACCUCAUUCACCUUCUUAGUUGCCAUCUUCUUCCCUUCGGUAACUGGGAUAAUGGCUGGCUCGAAUCGCUCUGGAGACCUUGCAGAUGCCCAGAAGUCUAUACCAGUUGGAACUCUGGCUGCUCAGCUUACAACAUCCGUUGUCUAUAUUACAGGAGUGUUCUUGUUUGGAGCUGCAUUUGACAACCUAUUUUUGAGGGAUAAGUUCGGUGAAAGCAUUAACGGUGGCUUAGGAGUGGCACAGAUGGCCUGGCCACACCCUCUGAUUGUCGUAGUGGGUUCUUUGCUGUCUACCAUCGGGGCUGGGCUCCAGUCCCUCACUGGCGCGCCGCGACUCCUUCAAGCAAUCGCAAAGGACGGCGUCAUUCCUGUCCUGAAUGUAUUCGGUGUCAGCUCUUCGCGGGGGGAACCGGUACGUGCUCUCCUGCUUACAGCCUUUAUCUCUGAGUUGGGCAUCCUGAUCGGCAACCUCGACCAUAUUGCACCUAUCCUCACAAUGUUCUUCCUAAUGUGUUAUAUGUUCGUGAACUUGGCCUGUACUCUGCAAAGCCUUCUGAAGACACCCAACUGGCGACCUCGUUUCAAGUAUUACCACUGGUCGCUCUCAUUGACUGGGGUCGUCCUUUGCCUCGUUGUCAUGUUCCUGAGCAGCUGGUACUACGCCCUGGGAGCCAUGGCCAUCGCUGGUAUUGUCUACAAGUACAUUGAGUACAGAGGAGCCGAGAAAGAGUGGGGUGACGGCCUGCGAGGUCUGGCGCUCAGCGCUGCCCGUUACAGCCUGUUGCGACUGGAAGAAGGGCCCCCGCAUACCAAGAAUUGGCGUCCCCAAGUGCUGGUACUUUGCAAACUAAAUGAAGAUUUGAGCCCUAAAUACCGAAAGCUCAUCAGCUUUGCUUCACAACUGAAAGCUGGCAAGGGGUUGACCCUUGUAUGUGCUGUCCUCGAGGGCGAAUACUGCAAGAUGUACAGUGAGAGUCAGGCAGCAAAACAGAGCUUGAAACGGGUUCUGGAGGAAGAGAAAGUGAAAGGGUUUGCGGACGUUGUUGUUGGUCACAAUACAGUCGAUGCAAUAUGCCAUCUUAUUCAGGCUGCUGGCCUGGGUGGCAUGAAACACAACACAGUCAUUCUUGGAUGGCCGUUUGGAUGGCGGCAGUCCCAGGAUGAGCGCGCUUGGAAAGUUUUCAUUGAAACGAUUCGCAAUGUGUCAGCCAGCAAGAAUGCCCUCCUUGUGCCAAAAAACAUCAACCAAUUCCCAUCAAACACAGAGAAACUGCACGGAACCAUUGACGUCUGGUGGAUUGUCCAUGACGGUGGUCUGUUGAUGCUGCUGCCAUUCUUGCUGAAGCAGCAUAAAGUCUGGAAAAACUGCAAGCUGCGCAUAUUUACUGUGGCUCAACUCGAAGACAACAGCAUUCAAAUGAAGAAAGAUUUAGCUACGUUCCUGUAUCACUUACGAAUUGACGCCGAGGUGGAAGUUGUUGAAAUGACUGACAGCGACAUAUCAGCUUACACUUACGAGAGAACCCUAAUGAUGGAGCAGCGGACAGAGAUGCUCAAGCACCUGCGACUCAACAGGAGGGAGACGCUUAGCAUGGUUGAAACGAUCAUGGACCACCACCACAACGUCCAGAACCACACAAGUUCCAAGGUACGCUUCAGCGACAAGCCACAGAACAGCCCAGAUGAGGCAACUGAGUUGGGGGAUGUGGGCGCCAGCCAAGACACUUCAUCACGCCACUCGUCACGGCACUCAUCCAGGCGCUCGUCGCCCACCAAAUCGGCCAGUGGGUCACCCGUCAAGCAAAUACCCGCAGCCAAGGAGGCAUCCCCCACUAAGUCCACCAGCCCAGAACAGCCAAGCAGCCCAGCCAAUGGGACUGUGAAUUUACCUGAUAGUUCAGCUCCCGUCAAGACUGAGGGCCCCCAGCAGAAGGAGGGUUUUGACGGCUUGCUGAAGAUUAAGCCCGAUGAAGCGAACGUCCGUCGCAUGCACACUGCAGUGCGGCUCAAUGAGGUGAUCGUCAACAAGUCGCACAAUUCCCAGCUGGUAAUCAUCAAUCUACCAGGCCCACCUAGAAUGCAGAAGGGCGAAGAGAACUACAUGGAAUUUCUGGAAGUGCUUACAGAGGGCCUCGAACGGGUGCUUAUGGUUCGAGGUGGCGGUCGAGAAGUCAUCACUAUCUACUCAUGAAUGACUGCCCCUCAAAGCAGGGGUCGUCCAGAUCGCACACUCUGUCGACUUUCUCUGUUUCGUUUGUUUCUUACCUUACGAGUUCAUUUUCUGUUUUCCACCAGCCUUAUUGGGCACCCAUUCCUGCUCCAGAACAUUGUGAUUCCCAUCAUCGACGCAUUUUUCAAUGUUUCAAGUGUGCGUGUCCAGACCUUGGCUGCAAAGCACCUGAACCAGACUAUCUGGUGUAAGGCUGCUGGUAAUGUCUCGCUUGGUUUGGUACGCCAAAAGUUAUGCUUGAGGAAGCAGUGUCCUUUUAUGUAAUUUAUUUAUUUCACAAACGAUUGACAGCCCCUAUGCUGCUGAGAAAUGUGCUGAUACCCUGCACACUCCUUGCGGCACCAUUUUUGUUACAAGUUUAUGUAUCUCUGAUUUUGCACCCGAACAAGCCAAAGACAGUGAACUCCUUCAAUGUUGCAUUGACGCCUAGUCCAAUCACGCAACAAAAUGAAGUCUUGUCUCCCUUCUUGGUUUUCUUGUCAUUCUGUAUCAAAGGCAGCAUAGCUUAAAUUAAUGCAAUGUGGCUGCAUACUGAUCAUCUUUGUUGUCAAGCUACUAUCCCUGAAAACCAAAUAGACUGUUUAAGCCACCUUUGUGUCUUGCUGAGUUAGGCGAAUGUGCUAGACUUACGAUACAUGGACGCUCGGUAGUUGCCAGCCUAUUGUGAUCAUAGUAGUCAUUGCUUCUCACUAGUUGUGUACACUUAAGCAUCUACGACAAUCCUCCUCCAUGUUGUUUUUAAGCAUGGCUGUCGGCGGGAGUGCCGGGCUGAUGUGAAUGUCUUUCGAAGACUCCAUUGCGUACUGCGCUCUUCUGAACUGCAAUAAAUCUAUAGCCCUGACAUCCCAAACACUGACAACGCCCCUCGGUGUCUACUAGAAUUUUAUGUGGAUUAUGUUUUGUGUUCCAUUAACCAAGAUAGUCGCCUCUGUAAGAUUAAUUUAUGAGCGGAUGAACGUCAUAGUAUUGCUUUCCCUGUGUAUGAUUAUAGUAAGAAGGGUUUAAGUUUUGGUAGCAACACGCCCUUGCUAUUGAUAUGAGUCGUGUAUUUGUAAACUGCGAAGAAUCGCUAUAUAAUAGUCAAGUUGAUGUCAUAUAUUCAGCAUAAUUCAAAAUGAUUUUUGCUAUCGCCCGUGCCACGGCAACAAGGAACACAGAUUAUGCCAAUACACAACGUAAUCUGUGAUGAGAAGUUGGUGGAGUAUUGUCUGAGCGGAUGCUACCAUACCUUAGACCCUGUGAUUCGUGUUUGAACGUCUCAACAUUGGCACUCGGGGUGACCACAAUUGUACGACAUAGCUAAUAUGGUAUUAAGUUAAUGCAGAGCGCAGAAACAACGUUAUGUAUGCUUGUGAUAGCUUGCUGGUAAACAGUGCAACCUACACUUAUCUACAAAUAUAGUUCCACAUAUUAUAUAAGCAGCUGUUACAUAUAAAUAUAUAUAAAUAUGGAUGUUCUCAUAGUACUGUUGUUCUAAUAGCAAGAGCUAUUUUUGAGCAGGCAGAGCUUGAGUUGCAAGAAGUCCGUUGAGCCGACGUUUGAGUAUGUAGGAAAAUAUAUGCACACAUAUAGAUGAGAACAAAGCAGAGGAGAGGAACAGGCGGUGCAGGUCCUGGAGUUCAACGGGAAUCGCCCUCCCCGUAGCUCAAUAUUGACUGUUAUACAUAGCGUUAUAUAUGAACGUUAGAAAGUGGUAACUGUAUUUUUGUACAUACUCCCACCACACGCAUUUAUGGACUGGUCUGAAAUGUACAUGGGCAGCUGACACCACUGAGAUGUCACUUGAAAGGUGUUUACUUUUUCUCGCUCUGUGUGUCCGUGUGGUUGUAUGUCGUCUCCAAGUAUUACUACUGUCUACGGUCUCUUACUCGUGUCUAUCUGUCUUUGACUCUGUAAAUGAGCAAUGAAACUUAGCGGUGACACUGAAAUAACCACAAUUGUGUUUGCCGUGUUUGAUGGAAUCUCCUUUUCACAUAUUUGCCACGUGUGUUUAGCAUGGAUAAUUUUGCCGUUGUGGCAGCACCCCUCAUUUACACAGACUUGAUAGAAACGAGAUUCAGGAUGCUGUAUUUUCAUGCAGUUAGGUUUGGUAAUGAAGAUUCAUUGACAGUUAUUACCAGAAUUCCUUUUGUCAUCUCCAUUGUGUGUUGUCUCCGACAGGUACUGAAAAUAGGCUCUGUUGACAAUAUGUUGAGAAAGAACCUAAACCUGCAUAGUUUCUGUAGAUGACAUAGAAACUUGAUGGCUAUGACACUUGUAGAUGGCUGUACACUUCAAUGUUACACCAGCAUCACUUUAUGUAAAAGUUGAUAGACUUUGCAGAAUUUCAUGGUGAUUUUGAAGGUUGGUGUGGCAACUCUCGGACGUGUUGCAUCCAGUCAGCUCAUAUUGGCUGUUGUCACAGCAUCAUUGGUGAUGCUCUUCCGGGCAGUGAUGACAUAAUGAAACGCCCCUUUCGCUAUUUAUGGACGUCAUUCCUUAUGCUGAACUGCUGUGGUAGAUAAAUGAAAGGAGUGUAGAAAACCAACUGUGUCCUUCAGUUCAGCUGUGUUAUCAUAUCUGCAGUUAACGGAUCUCGAGUAUUGCCUCUAGAAUGUGCAAUGCAGCUAUUCUACUCAGUACAGCAUGGAAGGAAGAAAUGGUAGCUAGUAGAGAGCUAGUCAAAAGUAACUCACUAUCAAGCUAACAUAAUACAAAGGAGGUAACCCUACAGCUCUUCAGCUAAAGAAAUAUCAGUGGUCUGGUUCUGUUCAGGGAUUUGCCAUUUUGAAUGUUUGUCCUGCAUGCAUUUGCAUUAUCACAUAUUGCUUGUGCUGCUGUGUGUAAGAUCGAAUUAUGCGACUUCCACAUGAUUGCGCCAGGGGAAGAUGACAACAUGAUGGUUAACUUUGGUGAGCUGCCCAUGUUUGUGGAGCCUCGGAACUCUCGCUCUCUUAAGAAUCUUACUCUUCCAUGCUAUACUGUACUGCGUACAUAAAUAUAUGACAAACCUACACGUAACCACCCUAGUGUACAGUUGCAAAAGCAAAGUUGAAAAAGUAACAUGCUAGGUCUAGGCUUCUGCAUAUAGUCACACACAUGUGUUAUGCUGAUUAUUUGUUUCUAUUAUUUCACUGCAUCAGGUCAUCAAGUGUACCGAUGAUCAUCCUCUCAUGUAAUGUAGCCGUUUUGGAGUGAAUGUUAAGUUAAAAGGGUGUGAAUUGUUU